AUGAAAACAUUCAUUGGGUUUACAUUGUUGUAUUUGAUAUUGGCAAAGUAUAUUAUGCAUACAAUAACAUAGUUAAGGAAUUCAAUUAAUUUAAUAGGAUAAAUUACAUCCAAUCUCAAAAAUCAUACUUGGAUUGUCAGAUAUAUAAUCAAAAGAUUUCAAUUUCUAAUAAUUAUUUGUUGCUUUAGAUGAAUUGGCACAAUCCUUCUAAACAAGAAUAAAUGAUGAGAAUACUUCUUAUGAAUAAGAUUAGUAAUCAUAUUUUUCAGAUGUCUAAUUCUAUGAGAAUUAAAUUAAUGACUUUAAGAACAAAGUUUAUUAUAAUCAUUAACUCAUAGAUUGCACAAUUAGAAAUUGAAAUCAAAGAAUUAAGUGAUGAAGGUUUACGUUUAUAAACAUUUUUAACUGAAGCUAAUUAGGAUUUAAAUGAUGGAAUUAAAUUAUUAGCAUAAAAGGAAUAAUAAAUCAACUCAGAUAAUACAGUGUUUGAAUAGUAAAAUUAAGAAUAUGCUGAUACAAUCAAUAUUCUUGAUUAAGCUAUUACAUUACUUAAUGAAAUCAAAGAUGAAACUUCAUUAAUCUAAAAAAAAGAACAUAUUAAAGAAAUCUCUUAAAAUAUGCAUAAAAGGUAUUUACUUGUAUAUAUAUUAUAAUUUUUAGUAUGAAAAAAUUAUCAGCAAAAAGAGUAUUUUAUUAACCUUUAGUAAAUUUAUUUACAUAAUUAUCUUAAAAUAACUAUUUAGAUUAAGAAAAUCUUAAUAAAGUUAUUAAUUUUAUGAAUUAACUUAGAUAAAAUCUUAUUGAUGCUUAAACAUCAUUAUAAAAUUAACAUGAAUCAUAAUCUAAAUUAUAAUAAGAUAUAUUAUCAGAAACUUAAGCAAAAGUUAGUGGAAUUUAAGAUGUUUUAAUUCCAUUAUUAGGAACUGAAAUAUCAAUUAAAUAAUCUGAAAUAAGAACAUUAAGUUCAAUAUUAUAAGAUGCAUAAAGUAAUUUAUCUGAUGCUUAAGAUAAUCUUGUUGCAACUUAAAAUAGAUGGAUUGAAAGGUAAUAAAUUAUUAUUAAAAUAUAUUAGAACUGCAACACAUAACAAUUUAUUGUAAUAAUACAAUAAUGAAUUAUUAGCUAUUAAAGAAGCAGAAAAUGCAUUAAAGAAAGGUGGUAUUUUUAGAUAAUGA